AUGGAUUCCCGACACCGACGGCGGUCAUCCUCUGACCGAUUCUUGAGCACCUUGAAAAUAAUCCCUCCUUCAUCAACCGAUGCCGGCGAUGAGCUCAGCGAAGACGAUGUCUUCUUCACCGGCGCCAAUUUCCAAAACCCUCCUUCCACCUCCUCAACACCACCUCCUCAUCACCAUCGCCGCCAUCACAAAUCAUACAAUCCAGAGUCCUUCGGAAUCCUUGCCGCAUUGCCGGAAUCCGGCGACGAAAUCCGACCUGUAUUGAACCACAAGCCGUUGAUCUCUCCGCCUCCACCACCGUCAUCUUCGAGGAUGAUUCCGACGCUUCCGAGGCCUUCCAUGGACCGGCAGAUCUUCUCUUUGCCGGAAAAGUACCAUCAGUCUGCUCCGAUGAAUGUGCCGAUGAGACCGCUGCCGAAGAAUUCGCGGCAUCAGAAACGUUUCGAGGAUGUUAACGAUGGAGUUGUUGAUGAUGAUGAUGAUGAUGGAGAGAUGUUGCCUCCUCACGAGAUUGUGGCCCGUCAACUUUCAAAGUCUCCGGUGCUUUCUUCUUCUGUGCUUGAAGGUGCUGGGAGGACGUUGAAGGGUAGGGAUCUGCGUCAGAUUUACACUCGUUCUUGCAACUUGCAUGAACUGAAGGCUGAAGGCGAAGACACUGUCACCUAG